CUUCCACGAUUUUGAGGCACGGUUGAAAUACUCACACUUGUAGCCGUUUCGUUCUUUAAUUUGAGCUCAGCAGCCGCGAGGUUCGUUGUUUAAAGCUGGGAAACUGUUGUUGCUUUCCAACGUAAGGAAAGGGAUCAACACGAAUUUCAAAAUCUGGCAACAUCCACCUUUCUCUAGGCUGGAUUUUAAACCGUGAAACUUCGAAGUUUUUCUUUUAGAUUUUAUUUUUGUUUAGAAAACCUAAAAUAUGGGAGCUCAGUUGUCCAAGGGUGGAGUAGCUGUUGAGGCGAAAGCCGACGCCGAGCCGGCUGUCGCUAAAACAAAUGGCCAGGUAAGAGAGAUGUCCAGUUGCAUGCUUCCACAUUAGGUACCCAACGCCCUGGUCCAGCGUGAGUUGCAUGGGCAACGUGUUAACGUUACCAGACUAGCGAGACCUCACGCCUACCAGUGGACAUUAUAUUUACUUACUAAUUAGCUAAAUCAUAUUUGGAUGAAAACCUCCUGUUUCGAUUGCAAAGAGAAAGAUGGCAUUUUGUAAUUAACUGGUUUAAAAAUGUGUGCAUGGUUGGGUGGCUAAUCGAUGGGUGCCAUGCCACAGUCAACACCACCCUUUGUUUAAUUCGUCUCGAACUUUUUGCCAUAAUCAAGUAGUUUAACACCAGGGCUGAUCAAAAUGGUCACAUGGUUAUCACCUGGAUGGAAAUAUCAGUUUUAAUUUAACUCGUUUUCUCUCAUGAGUUGGCGCUAGAAUUUGGCAGCGAUCGCCCACUCGCGGAACAACAGAUGCAGAGGAUGCAAAUGGACUUUGCUCGAGGCUGAGGCUUGAAAGCAAAGCGCACGGGCGCCAACAAAGCGUUGUCUAUUGAAAAAAAGCGAGCAAUCGGACUAUUUUGUGCCAUUUUCGAUGUAAUCCUUCAUUUGUAGAGAUGGACACAUUAAAUUGUAAAGUCAAACCUUGUUUUAUUACACAUGCCGCCCGCAUGCCCGUUAUCUGGAUGAUGACUUGCUAUUCUACUGUAGCUGAUGGUUGUAAAAUGGGUGCGAUUGCCAGUCUACCAUCUCAUUGAGGCGGCACGCCUACCAGUUGGUGCAUUCUCUAGCUAGCAGAGAUGGUUAACUUUCCUUGACCAAAAUAUUGUAGGAUAUUCAAUUAUUAUAGUUAAGUUUGAUAUCACAAAUUGAAAUAACAUCAAUGUUAGCUAGUUUGGUUUGUUCGAAUGGCAAGAAAUUUAGAAAUGCACUAUAUUGCCAUUUUGCAACUAAUAGCACAACUAAUCUGUUUCUUGAUUUGAUCGGAUUCCUUUGUUCCAAAAUACUGCUUGCUGUUGUGGCGGAGCGCGAAUGCCACCACGUGGUCGAUGGGAGUAAUGCAAACUAGCUGUGCAUAUUAAGCGUUUUGCUGUGCAUUUCACCUGGUCAAGUAAUUGUCCACAAUGACAAAACCUCUAUGAUACGUUGGUUGGCCAUACAGCAGCACACUCAGCUUUUUUUUGAGAGAAUUAAAGUAGUCUGUCUUUAUAUCCCAUGAGCCAUGUCCUUGGUCCACAUUGGCCUGUAGAUUGAUGAAUCAAUUGGAUAUAGGUAUGGGCGGCUUAUAAUAGUUAAUGUAACUUUCUCCCCAAUACCAGUUUAUUUGGAGAAUGUAAAUAUUGUUCUCCACAUAUUUGUAAAUGGUUUCUCACUGUUGUCCACAGGAGAACGGCCAUGUUAAAACCAAUGGAGAUGUCUCUGCCAAGCCCGAUGGGGAUGCUGCCGCCGUAGACGGGAAUGGCCCAGCCGAGCCAGCCAAAGAGGGUGAGAUUGGUGCUGGCGACGCCAUCGAGGCUGCCCCUGCUGCUGAAGGAGAUGCGGUCAAGGCCGAAGGGGAGGCCGCCAAGGAUGCCAAGAAAAAGAAGAAAUUCUCCCUGAAGAACUCCUUCAAGUUCAAGGGUAUCUCGCUGAAGAAGACCAAGAAGAACAGUGAGGAGGGCAAGGAGGCUGCCGCCUCCCCCACGGCGGAGGACAAGCCAGAAGAGAAUGGCCACGCAGCCAAGGAGACCAAAGAGGAGACGCUGGCCGCCGAGGCUGUGGCAGAGGCCAAGGAGGAGGCCACUCCAGCCCCAGAAAGUGAGGCCGCAGCAGAGGAGGCCCCUCCCUCUGAGGCCACCACCGCAGAGGUCACGACACCCGCAGCAUCCGAGGCCGAGCCCAAGGCAGAGUGACCGCGCCCACCACGGCUACUUGAACGUUUCCCCCCAGAUUAAAGUAUAUAUAUAUAUAUAUGACUCGUGCCACGUUCUUAACUUUAUAAACAAAACUACAAACGAAGACAAAUGAAGAAGGAUAUAUCACGUUUGCUCAUUCAGCCACCAGUUCACUGCCUUUAUCAUUUCUCUACUGAUGGAAUCUCACCGGCCCUCUCAUGAUGAAACUGUUGGCUUACGGUGCCCCCUCAUGGUACUUACUGGAACUGGUGUGUGGGGGAAGGUAUUGGAUGUAGAACGAAUCUGGAAUACUGACUUAUUUUCCCAAUUCAUGGAGACAUCCUUUUAACAGCGUGGCAGCCCUAUAACAUUUUAAUUUUUAAUAUCUUGGGAUCUAAUAAUCGACAACGGUUAUGGAGCAGUGCAGACCAUCUCCAUCACUCAAAAAUGACUGUUAUAUGGACAAACCUUUCAAAUGGUCAUAUUAACUUCUAGAAUUCUACAUUCCUAUGUUUUACCCCCAAAUUUCAAGUAUUUUGUGCUGUAUAGAAAAACUAAAUUAAAGCAGGGGAGGUGGAAAAGGCGAUGUCUUUGUUUGUGCAUUUUGAUUAUUUUCUGGCUAAAACCACAUUUGAGCUUUCUGAGUCUUGCAGUGUUCACAUUUCAGAGUUUAUGAUGCAGGGGUUGUGGGGUCGUACAAAAAUCUGCUUUUUAUAUGCAAUUUGUCUCUGUAAAUAUUUUUGGUUAUUUUAUUUUGCUAUCGUUUAAAGAUGUUAAUGGUUUUAUUGUAACUUUUAAUAAGGGUAAAUAAAUGUUUGAUCCCCUCUGAUUGUGUUUUGCCUCUGUC